GUCACCACAGUCUUGUCAAAAUCAUCAGCAAAAAUCAGAUCAAGCAUUUCACUAGACGCAUUAUGUAUUUGGUUAAUUUUCUGUAAUUCUAGGAAGUACAUGAUGUACAGUUGGAUUUACAUUGGAAAGUACCAAUGUGUCAUCCUCAUAUAACCAUCUGAUAUGUGGUAGAUUAAAAUCUUCAUAAUUCAAGAAUUUGUGGUUAGAGAACGAACGCACGGUAGGUUAGUCUUGAGAGCGUCGAGCCGUACCCAUACAUCUUCAAAUUCCUUGAAAAUUGGCGUUGAAAUCAGGGAGGAUCUCAAAACGUUACUUGCAGCUACAAUUACUCCACCAUCCUUGUAUAAAAAUAAUAAAAUUUUCCUUGGUGAAAGUUUUCGACGAUGCUGCACACAGUUCAACCCCUUGUUCAAAAUUUAGGCGAUUCUUUCGUUGGUUAUUGAUAUCAGUUUGCUGAGUUAAUGAGACCGUGCAAACCCGGGAUAUUUUUGUCCCCGAUUAUCAAUAAUUGACGGUACUCUUGUGGGAUGUAAUUGAAUUCGCAUGGCUUUGAUAACUUUUCCAUUAGAUGUUGAUAGAGAUGUCUCAUUUACCAAAAUUUUUUCAAAAGGGUGGAUUUAUCUCUAAGACUACCCGGUCCAUUCUUAAGGUUUUCUUGAAGCUUGCACUCAUAGCUUCGUAAUCCUCGAUUUCAUAGGAUUGCGUACUUAAAAAUAGUUUCAAGCUCUCUAUUACUGAACCAUCAUCGUCGUUUUGUGGAGUUUGCUGUUUUACCAUUACUUGACUCUGCAAUUUAAUGAUGAUAUUAUUCAAUUCAUUGAUAGUUUUAUUUUCAAGUUCAAUCUAAGCUAGGUACACAUUAUCCGCCUCAACAGCCUUAUUCUCAAAAACACAUGAAUUUCUCUUAAGUCUUUUAAGGUGUGCAUCUUUUUGCUCUAGUUCUGUUCUAAGAUCGUCAAUAAUGUUCUUUAGACAUGUAUUAGAAUUGUUGCCUUCUCUGCACAAUCCAUAGUUCCGAUCGACAGUUUUAUAUUUUUUAGUCCUCUUAAGACAUUUAGGAUGAAAUAUGUUGUUGCAUAAUAUGCAGCACCAGUUAGUCUGAGGUUUUUCCUUACAAUACCCGAAGCUGGUUGCCAUGAUAAAAUUUAUCCAUCUUUAUUAUCUAUCCAUAUUGAUAGUGAAUUACUAUUACAUUAUAUUACCUAAGCAAUAAAUUUGAAAAAGUUCCCAGAUGUCACGUUAAUUUAAAAUCGAUAGUGGAACCAAUAUCCUUUCAUUUCUCCUUUACCGGUAGGUAUUGCCACUUACUUAAACGGCCGCAACAUUCAGAAUCUGUUUUUUCCUACAACACUUCCUAUCUGGUGCAGUUUUAUAAUAAAAAUAUUUUAUAAAAGGCACCAGCUGUAAUAGGAUUUAAUUGUGCGUGUUUAAGCAUUAACGAUGCUUCGAGUGUUUCUUUUACUUGUGUUCACUAAAUACAUCAGUGCUAAAGAUUUUGUGAUAUUUCGACCCGGAGAGUUUUUCGAUCCGUUCAACGAAGAAUCAACUAAUCAGAAUGUUCACAGAGUGCCUCAGCCCAAUCUCAUUUUCGGCGAGCCAAAUACCGUUUUCAGUCAACCAUUUCGGCAAAUAUCCGGAUACCCCAGAGCUAUUGGACUGAAAAGUGGCAACAAGGAACAGUUUAAUGCACAAAUAUGGCAACCGAAUACGUUUUUUGGUAAUUUCAAUCAACCACCACCCAAACAAAACCACAUCCAAGCAGCAAAUGCCGCUCCACAAGCCAGUUUUUUGAAAAGUGUGUCUACUGAACCGAGUUCUGCAAGUAAUAGAGUCCAACGACCAGUUGGUUUUACUGUAGGUGAAAAAAGAGUAGCAGAUGGUGUUUCACAAAUCACAUCAAACCAAGCAGCAGCCAGUUUUUUGAAAAGUACAUCUAAUUCUCCAUCCAGUAAUAUAGUUGGACAGGCUAGUGAAGUUGAAUCGCAAUCACAUCCUAGCUCACAUGAUGCAUCAAAAUCUGCUGGUAAAGGCCAAAAACACGUCUCCGAUCAUCACAAAUCUCACGGUGAAAAAGAAGAAGAAACCUACAAAUCGAACCAUCACAAAAGCGUUGGCGAUCACGAAAAACACGAAGAUCAUCACAAAGAAAACCACCACAAGGAAAAAGGUGGCAACAUUCAAAAACACCACGACGAAGCUGAACAUUACAAAAAACAUCAUGAAGGAAAAAAAUCACACAAGGCAGCAAAAUUUGGCGAGAAAAAAGGGCACAAACGAGGCCACAAAACUAAAGGUUACCACAACAAAUUCCACAGGGACGAAUAUCACAGAGAGCACAGAUUCUACGACGAUGCCCACAAAGAAGGGUACCAUGAAAAACAUGGAGAUGCUCACUCACACUACAAGAAAAAAGAAGGCGGACAUAAGAAAGGUAGCAGUCAUAAAUCUGGCAAAAGUGGAAGGAAAUAUGGGAAUAAAGGGCGUUCCAAAAAAGGGAAACACGUGGACGAGAACAAAGGAUUCAGCAGGGAAGGUGGGAAAAAGAAAUAUCAAAAACAUCAUAGGGAUUACGCUAAAAAACAUGGUAGCAUUAAAGGGAAAGAAUAUGGAUAUGAUAACAAAAAUUAGUAAAUAUUUGUAUGUAUUAAGAAAAAUUAAUUACCUAGUCAUGAAAGUAGCUACCUGAAUUUUGUUUUGUAUGCAUGUUUGAUAACUCUCCAUCCAACCUUAUUGAAAUCGUAAAGAGUUUUCUCAAAGUCUUGGUUUCAUCAGAUCGAAACUUCAAGAUAAUCUAGUUUUAGUAAAACGGUCUGAAGUUAACAAGUACAAUACAUCAUUAGGUCAAUAUACACGGUUGCCAAUUUUUUAAACUGACCAUAAACCAAUAAUAUGUUGAAUAAAAUAAAAUACUAGUUGUGAAAUAUUUCAAUUAUAUUUAAUGCCAUAAUCUUUUUGUACUUUGCAAUUUUCCAUACUUAGGUGAAUAAAAUUGUAUUUAUUAUAAAACUAGAUUGUUUUUUUCUUUUUCCUUAUUAAAACCGCUUAAUUUGUUUAACAUUACCAAGGAAGUAUGCCAACUAACCGCAACAGUUUUGGGAUUCUAUUACGUUAUGGUAAUUUUGCUAUAAGAAAUUAUUUAGCUUAUGGUGUAAUAAUGUAGGUUUUUUUGAUUUAUUAUAAAAUGUUCCGGUUUGGUUUCAGCUUUAUUUGAAUUAAUUGAACGUUGGACUACAAUUCAAUUUAUUUUUCCUAUAUUUUUUUUUUCAAUUUUCAAUCUCCAUAUUGCAUCAAGUAUAUUUGUCUUUAGAUUUUUCUAGACUAAAUAAGCUCUUUCUUGUCUGUAUUUUCUUCUUAAGUUCGUUAUACUGUGGUGCGCAGUCGCAAAAGGUUUGAACUCCUUCAUGAGGCCAUGGGGGGUUGAAUACAGGCUCCAAAUUAUGGUCCAGAUAUGAACAGUAAGGAAUUUCGGCUACUUUUUGCAUGCCAAGGCGUUCACAGAUUUUAGCUCUGAAAUAUUUUGUAUAUGAAACCAAAAAUUAAAACUGUUUUAGCAUUACGUAUGGACACUGGUAGCAUCGCAUCUAAGUACAGGAAAACCAGAGUCGGCUCCCAAAGUUUUGGAUUCUUGCAUCAGCCUAAAGGCCAAGCCUUUUUUACGAUGCUGUCUUUUUACAAAUAAAUAAGCCAUCUACAAAAAAUAA